GUCUGGGGCUCUUCCGCCUGGGAGCCGGAAGUGCGGCCUCUCCUCAUUCGAGGCGAUGUCGCGCCCCCCGCUGGAGGCGCUGCGCGGGGGCCUGGAGGCGGCGCUGUCGGGGCUGAGAGGUGGAGAGGCCGGGCGCAGCGGCGACGGAAGCCGAGAUGAGCCAGAAGAGCAGCAGCACCAAGAGGAAAAAGAGGCCGCCUUCGACCCCGGAGGCUUCUGGGAGGCCCUGGGGGGCGCCUUCGAGGCAGCCAGCCGGGAAGCUUCCGCUCUGAGCCUCGCCUUCGCUCGCCCACCUCCGCCGCCGCGCCAGGAUCAGGAGCAGUUGACGAACAGGGCUCUCGGGGCAGUCCUGGCAGCGGCCUCCAUCUAUUACCGCCUCCCCAAGAGCCAAGGGACCACUUUGCGCAAAGCGGUGCGUGAUGCCACGGUGGAGCUGGCGGAGGGCAUGAUCCAGCUCACGGAGGUCCUGCUCCGGAGGCCCGAGCAGAGCAUCUCUCGGGAGCAGCUCAUCUCCACCGGAAGUGUCUGGGAAGCCUGCGACCGGGCUUCUGCCCUCCCUCGAGAUAACCAGGCAGCGGUGGCUUUGGCCAUUUCCUCUUGCCUUGGGAUCGUGAAGGAUGCCUUGGAGGAGAUCGAGCAGGCACAGCAGGAGGGGGCGGACCCCUACGGGGAUGUCCUGGAGGAUGAGGAGCUGGGCUCCCGGGGCAACCGGGACGUCUAUUGGUCAGAGGCUGACCGGCGGCUGCUGGGCCCCUGCCUGGGGCUGGUGAAGGCCGCCAAGGCCUGCCUGAAGAAGGUCCUGGGGGCCGUCCGGGCACACGGCCAGGUGGACACGGCUGAGCGGGUGGCGCAACUGGACGACCUGGCCGACAUGGCCGCUGACGUCAGCCCCAGCGUGGACGAACUGGCUCUGAGCACCUACCCACCAGUGAACCAGCUGUCUGUGCGGCUCAACGCGGCUAAACUGGCCUCAGUGCUGAAGAAGAUGCUGGAAAUUGCCAGGUCCAGCCACGUCUGCCCCCCAUCUGAAGAGAGCUGGGUGCUGUUCCUCUUGGGCGCAGUGGAUCACAACCUGGACAGAAUCAAGAGCUUGACCCAAAGUCUUGUUUGAGGAGGAUGAGGAGGGGCCUCUUUUGGGUCUGGACUCUCAGAACUGGACUGCACCAAAGACCCCGCCCCCAGCUGGCCCACGCACACAUCUAUGGAAGGAGUAGAGGCUGAUGACCCUUUGCCGGGGUGGGGGGGGGG